AUGCAAUCUGAAUUAGAUUUAUUAGAAGAGAAAGCCACAUUAACUGAGCUUAAGGCUAAGAAUGCAGAACUUAUGGCCAAGAAAGCUAAACUUAAGACUAAAAAUGCUGAAUAUAUAAAGCUUAAGGAUGAGACUGCAAAGCUUAAGACCGAGAAUACCAAACUUUUAAAACAAAUUAUAGAGAAAUAUGCUAAAAAUAAGGUUGAUAUUGUAAAAUUAAAAAACGGUUUGCAGUAUCCAAUCCUCUUUGAGUGUAUUAAGGCAACAAUUCUUGAGCUUGAAGAAAAGAAUGCAAUAUUAAGACCAAUUAUAGAGGAAUUUGCGAAGAAAUCGGAAUAUAGCCAUCUUGUAACUGCCUUUGACAAGAAAAAUCGCAAAUUCCAAGCUAAAUGUAUUCAAAUAGCUGAGAAAAUUCUUGAUGAGGAACCGAUAAUUGAGUAUCGUCCUCCUUUCUUAGAUGGAUUAGAAUUUGAUGCUUUCUUUCAAAAAUAUCAGAUUGCAUUAGAAGUGCAAGGAAGACAGCACCGGUUUCAUAAUACUAGUUGGUAUAAGGAUGUUAAAAAACUCGAAGACAUUGUUAAUCCUUUGACGAGAAAGAAUGAUUAUUGGUUAACAAAAUUACCUAAUCGCAAAUUCAAAUAUCUGCAACACCAAACAAGCGAUUUAAGUCAAGACACUAGGACCGGAAGUUCUUGUCCUUCAGUCAAGGAAAUUAAAGAGUGGGCACCUGCACAAAUUGUUAGUUUCUUAGAGUCUAGAAAUUUAUAUCUUACGAAUAGUGAUAUCGAAAUGAUCAAGAAAAAUGGUAUCGCCGGUCAAGACUUUCUUCUCUUGAAAGAAAAUGAUCUCUAUCGAAUUGGAUUACCUAUUGGUCCAGCCAGAAGAAUAAUACAGUUAAUUAAGAAAAUUUUGGGAACAUCUUUAAUGGAUAGGCCAUCUACUAACCUUGUAUACGUAUUUAUUGAUAAUUCGAAUAUCUGGAUUGAAGGAAAGUAUACCGUUGAAAACCUCGAGCAGUUAGGUGGUGCACCAUUCUUGGUCGGUUUCCGACCGCCUCCUAACGAUUCAUUGUGGGCCCGCAUUAGGGAUCAAGGUUUUGAGGGAUUAUAG